CUUAUCUGUAUUCAUUGUACACUCUUAGCCAUUGUCUACAAAGUUUAUUCAGUUGAACAAAUACCACUACCUAUUAGUAUUGCUUCUUGCUGGACUUUAUGGUCAAUUAUUGCUUGUUUUGUCACUCUCUUUCUGUUAAAAUUCGUAGUUGGUUCUUGUGCUGCUGGUGAGACAUAUCCAAUUGCAUCAUGGUCAUAUUUACAUAAGGUGUGGCUUCGUCAAUUAAUUGUAUCUAGUUUUCAUUAUGCUUGGUUGCUCCCAACUGGGCAUGAUUAUCUUUAUCCUUUUAUUCUCCGUUGGCUAGGUGCUCAAGUUGAAGAUGAUGUGAAACUCGCUGAGAUAGAUACUUUUCUAUCCUAUCCAACAAAUUUAUUAAAACUCGAAACAGGAGUCACUAGUUUUGCUGAUAUUUUAUUAGUUCCUACUGAGAUGACACUUCCAGGUGAUCAUCGUUUAGAUUGUAUAACACUCGGAUCUCAUACAAAUCUUGGCAAUUUUUGUUCAAUUUUGCCGGGCAGUCAUCUUGUAUCUUAUACUAUGGUUGGUAAUUUAACGCGAAUCACUCGAGAAACGAAUAGUAACAGUGGAGAUGUUUUCAUUGGCGUUCCAGCUCGUGCUAUGCCAUUUCAAAUGCCCUUUAGACAAGCAACGGAAGAUCAAAUUAAAACUAUUCCAUUUUGGAAAACUUGUUUUUCUCACUAUAUUAGUAAAUGUCUUCUCAUAGGUAUCUAUCUGUCAUGUGGUCUUGUUGGUGGAUCAAUCAUUCAUACAAUAACUGUUUGCAGUUUCUAUCGAUGGUCCUCAUAUGUAGACAAUAAAAUAAUCGAACAGAUAAUAGGAAAAUUAGGAGAAGAUCAUCGAAUUUUUAUUUGUUCAUUUCUUGGUAAUACACAAUGGCUAAUUCGGUUAUUUCGAGCAUAUGGUGCGAACAUCGGCAACAAUGUCAUCAUACCUGAUUUUGCUUCUAUUUUUGAUUACAAUUUGGUAACUAUUGGAGAUCAUGUUCGACUUAACACCAGUGCUGAUAUUUCGGGUCACACUUUCGAGCAACGUGUUUGGAAAGUAGCUCCUGUUACAGUGGGUAACUCGUGCGUCCUUAUGAGUAGAUCAAUGGUAAUGUCAGGUUGUAAAUUAAUGGGUAACAAUCGGCUUUAUCCUUUUACACUCGUAAUGAAAAAUGAUCUAUUGCAACCGAAUACACAAUGGAAAGGACUUCCUGCACAAUCUUAUAUGGCAAAAUCAAUUUUAUCUCAAUCUGUACCCGUUUGUGAUGAUGUCGUCAAAUGUCAACAGAAAUCUAACAACGUUGAUCGACUGUCUUUGUGGUAUAAACAAAUUUUAAAUAUCUAUACGAAUGUCAAUGAACUACAAUUUAUGAAUUGGGGUUAUGCAGAUUUGGAUGAACAUAUUGAUGAUAAUACUGGUUACUAUUCGAAAAAACUUUAUCAACAGGUUCUUACUAAUGUAACACUUACAGAUCAAAAUAUACUCGAAGUGGGUUGCGGUAGAGGUGCUGGUGCUGCCUGGUGUGUUCGUACAUAUGCUCCUCACUCUUAUGUUGGAAUAGAUCCUUCUCGAGAUAUUAUUAACCUAUGUCAACAAUGUUAUUCAACAACUCCUCGACUCUCGUUUACAAUAGGUGAUCCAAAAACUCAUUUAUCAUUUCAAAAUGAGUCUAUGGAUGUUGUUCUUUUGAUUGAAACAACAAACAGUUUUGAUGAAAUAGAAGCAGUGAAGAAAUUUGUUAAUGAAAUUACUCGUGUGCUUACUCCUAAUGGAUAUUUUCUCUGGUGUGGCUUGUGUAAUGUAGAUGGACCAAGUGUAUUGAUUGAUUAUUUAACAGCAAAUAAUGCAUUUAUUAUCAAAGAGAAGAUCAAUAUUACCACAAAUGUUCUUCAUGCACUUGAUAUUCAAAGUAAUUCACGUGCUGACUUUAUUGACCGUUAUAUUCAACCUGCAGAUCAAGAAUAUUGUUGUCUGUUGACUGGAUUACCUGGAACUCAAUCUUAUGAUAAUAUGCAACAAGGACGAGCAGAAUAUUGGCGAGUUGUAUUCCACAAGAACAUGACAAAAAAGACACCUCUUAUUUAA